AUGGCGUCGCAGACUUCAAUAUCGCCCCAGUCAACUUGGCCAGGAGAGCGGUAUCCUUCCCAGCACGAUGUUGAGCAGGCGAACGCGUCUCUAGAACCGAAUUUCCUCGACAACUUCAAGCGAGCCCUGUUAGCCAGCCCAGCUGCCUUGAACAACGAAAACCUGGUGCAUAUAAACCUGGAAAAUCGCUCCAGUUUCAUCGAUGGCUACACGUAUCCGAUAUCCACGCUGUCCAAUUUUCCAGACCUUUCUUCAGACUAUGAUGUGGAUUCUCUGCAGCAAUUUUUCUCUCAUCGAUUCGACAAGCAUAUUCUGAUCAACAGUCUGCCGCUGCCGUCACAAUCGCAACGCUCAGUUCCCCCAUAUUUCAAGCUAGCACUUGCCUGCCUGGCAUGCGCAUCGUCUCCCGGUCGAUCCACAGAACAUGGCCAGGGAGAGAAGGCUCGGAAACUAUUUCAGGCUGGCAAUGAUCUCUGGACGGUCAUACUCGAAGUCGAUAACAGAGAGGCGCGGACUCUCGAGGGUGCUAUUGCGCCGGUAUUACUGACCAUGUACGGUAUGUUGACAGCAGAUAUCGAUAUCUGGCAGAGGGUAGAAGAGCAGAUCCUCCCAUCCGCAUCAACAAUCGUCCGGCGGAUGCGUCUUCACGAAUCGGCGUCUUCAGACGGUACCAUAACCCCGACGCUUUUGAGCGGCAUGAAACGGUCUCUGGUCUUUGGUUGCACAUUGCUCGUCAGCGUCUUGACAGCGCUACAUAUGGACAUUCCGUGCUACUUGACAUCUAAUGAAGUCGGCAUCCAAGCAGGCACAUCAGGAGCCCAUUUUCAGGAGGUAUACACGAGUUUAUUGGACGACGACAGUCUUUUGACACCUGCUGUGGCCUCGCGUGAAGAUGCCGUGCUGCUCAUCACCACGAUUCUCUCAGACGCAAUCUGCGUUCGAAGGUCGUUGGGUAGUCUUUCAGCAUAUACCUCUCGCCAGUCGAGACAGCCGAAAAAUCCGUAUCUCGUCCUCUCGCCGCCAUCUGAAUAUCGAAGGAUUUCAGAUCAGCUUUCUGGUGCAUUGGAACGAUGGAAAGAGAGAUUCGGCUCGGUGGUGGCACGCGACGACAUGGCACUGUACUACUUUUGCCGGCUUUACCUGUCCUGCCCUCAUCUAUCCCUUCUACCCAGACUGGCAGCCUACCCACCUGCAGUUCAGUCUGUCGGCUUGCAGAAAGAUCUCGAUCGGGCCGAGAGGAUGUCCAUAUCAGAUGACUCAGUGAGAUAUGCCUGGGCCGUGUUGGACCACGCAGAUGGAAGGUCUGAUGCUGAGCAAGUCGUCUGUCCAAUCUGGCUUCCGGUCACGGUGUUCUUUGCAGGUCUGGUUAUUUGGGCCAAGACGUGGAUGUCUGAGGAUUCACCAAUGGGCUUGUCCGACAAGCCCAGUGGUCUGAAGCAAUUGCUUGCAUUCAAACUGGAGCUCGACCAGAUGCCUUGGCCAUGCUGCACGGAGAUGGCCUGCACACUUGAUCGAUUGGUACAGACCAGUCGAGGCUCUGCUUGUUGA